AUGGCGAAGACACGAGCGCGACGAGUUGGUUUGCUUCUAUUGCUCUGCUUUUGUUUCUCGUCAUCAUACAUGAUCGUCACGCGCACGAUCGCGGACUUGCUGGGUAGUUUCAGUGCACUUUGGAUACGAGAAGACGCUUGGACGCACUGUCGGAACUGCUGCGGCGACGUGAGGGAACGAAUGCUGAAAUCCAGUUUACGUGGCUUGGGCAAAGACGUCGCGUGUUUCACCUUUCAUCCGGAAGCAUCUUCCCCGUCUUCGUACACCUUCGUCGCACGUAGGCGUCAACCGCUGAAUCGUAGCUACUUUAAAAGUGCCCUGCGGUUUCUCCGAGACGUCGCCUCGGAACAGCGGAAGAAUCGCGGAGAACGAAGCGGCGUAGCUAUACGACUCCUAUGGGUGAUUGACGACGACGCGUCUCUACCGAGGAAGCUGCAACGGGAGCUGAAAUCCUUGAAUGUUUUCAUCCUGGCGCACUCUAUCAAUGCGAAUUGUUUCACCGACGAAUCAGUCGUGCUCGCGCCAAACUUCCACUUCAUCAAGCGCGACGGGUUCAAACUGUUCCUUCGGAACCUGCGUGAACGCGAGAUUCCGUUCGAUGAACGCAAAUCCGACGUGUUCUGGAGAGGCUCGACGUCCGGUAUGUCAACAAAAUGCGAAGUAGAAGAGUCCACUCGCGUCGACGGGAACGAAAGGGUUACCGCGUGCGUUAAACUUCCGCGCGUGCGAGCGGUGCAAUCAUCCAUAAAUGUUCCUUGGCUCGACCUCGAGAUCACGCGAAGGGUACAAUCGUGUAGAGGACAAAAGAAUGUACGUAUUAGCCCGCGCGUAUCGGAACAGCAUUGGAUCACGCACAAAGGUAUCCUCGAAAUCGACGGAAACGUCGACGCGUGGGGAAACCGUUGGCGCAUGGAAAGCGGGAGCGUCCUGUUCCUCGUCAAGUCAAACUUCAAGCACUAUUACAGCGACAAGCUGGUAGAUGGGAUACAUUACAUCGGAAUAUCUGGAGAUUUGCACGAUUUAGUGGAAAAAACGAAGAUUAUCACGAACACCGAUGGCGAAUCGCUAACGAAGUUGCGUGAUAUCACAGCAAAUGCUCGCGCGUUGAUGCAAGAAUUUACGUACGAGCGCGUCGUCAAGGGCGUUUCCCAUCGUCUGAAUGAGCUCGCCUUAGGUAUGGUAUAG